CGAAUACUGUUGGUUAUUUUUCAAUCAAUUUCAAAUCGUGACACUUUCACAUUUCUUCCACACCUGACUGUUUUCCAACUAAUAAGUUGGGAUUGUUUUUUUUAAUCUCCUGACUGUUUUAGCAUUUUAGAUCAUCAACAUGAACAGCUCAAAUAUGCUCUCUGCACAAAAAGUGAAGCUGCAUGGAAUGACCUCGACAAAAUGGACCACCAAAGACAAAAUAACACAGUAUAAAGGGUUGAUAAAUUUAUACACGAGAGACAAAAAAAUAAUAGAAAUGGAUAAUAUAAUAGCCCGAAAAAAGCAAGUAAAAGAAGUUAAGAAUUUGCAAAAAGAAAUCGAAAAUAAUAGAAAAACCCUUGAUAAUGCUAUACGUGGCGAUAAACAGAAACUACGGAAUACAUUGGCAGAACACAGACAAAUGCAGCUUGCCUUCCAAAAUGCCCAACCUCAGAAAGUUGUAGACAUGGUGCACCAAGCAAAUUUUACCCAAAGAAAAACCAGGGAUAUUCUGAAAUACAGGAUGAAGUUGAAAUCAGAGAGCUUGAUUGAAUUAAAGCUGAAAUGUUCGGCAUUUGAAGAUAGAAUCCAGUAUGAAGAUAUGUCAUGGCAAACCAUGUUACCAUGUGAGAGACAAGCGCAUCUGAUCACCGGAAAAGUUCAGGAUGCCAUUUUGAAAAAAGAAGCGGCCAUCUACAUACGGAAUGCUUACAAAGAAAUGAUAGCAAUCAUGAAAAAGGAUGCCUUGUAUUUUGAUGCCAUUUUGAUAUCCAUCAAAAACGAUGGUCUGAGUCAAGGAAAAUGUAUGAUAAAUGCUACCAAAAUGGGCCAAUUGGGCACAGAAUAUUUGGACGACAGAAGACAAGAGUUCCAGUUCUUAGAUAAGAUCGUGAAACGAGACAUGAUCAGCAGAAAAAAAGAUUUGGCUCAGGUCCAACAGAAUGUGGAGAAUUUUUCGGAUAAUCUGAAGAAUUUACUGAGACGUGAUAGUGACAUCAACAUGGGAAGAGUAACAAUACAAGAAUCAGAGAGUUAUGCAGAACUUAAUCGAGAUAUAGAAGCCAUCGAACGUACUCUUAGCAUGCUCAAAAACUCAAUAUUCACACAGACAAUCGAAUCCAUCUAUCCUUGUAUAAAAGAACAAUUGAGACAGAGAGACCGACUAGCAAGUCUUGUUGAAAAGUGUGAAAAAAACAGAGACGAUUUAUUGAAAAAGGACAACCACGCGGAAGUUAUGAAAUCUCAAUUAGAAAAUUCCAUGAUCGAAACAACUUCACAAUACAACAAUAAAAAACAAGAGUUCCUCAGCAAUAUCCGCGAUGAAGAAAACAGAAGUAAGGAAACUCAGGAACUUAUCACCAAUAGAUAUGAUCUUUUGGCUAGAGUUAGACUGUCCCUGAGGCAUUUGCAAUACAUAUCCAGGCUACUGAAUAAUUACAAAAAGUCCAUGACAAUAAUGUUCAAGAAAAUUGAAGAAACUUCGGAAGUUAGCAAACCAGAAGACGAUGAAAUAGAAGCGACUAAGAUCAUACCGGAACUGAUCGCGAAAUUCUCCAAACUGGCCACCGGGGCCAAGGAAAUCCUGUCGGGCUCCACCAUGGAAGAGGGCUACAGGAUGUUCGAAUCGAUGAUGCGAGAGAGAAGCAAUUUCGUGCAGGUGGACACGAAAAUAAGCGAGGAAUCGCUCAUAGAGACCGUAUUCGCGGAUGCGCACGUCCUGACUCGCGACGACAUAAAGAAACAGAGCGCAGAGCUCGUGGCUGCCAAUCAGAAUGUGGACGACUUCAAGCCUGUGGCAUCGUCGAAGAAGAAGAAAUUCAGAUUCAAGAAAUGACCGUUGUA